AUGGAUGAGUGUGAUGAUCCCAGAUUAGAAUGUGUAUGCUUAUUGACUUUGCUUCUUUCAUUCCCCUUUAGUGAACCUGCUGGUACACCACAAGACGUCUUCCAGGUUUACACUGAGACACUCGAAAGGCGAGUAACUGAUGAUUUGACAACAAUAUAUUGUAACUACAAUGACCUAACCGAGUGUAUAAGUCGUUUGACAGUCAAGUACCAAGCUGUACAGUUCGGCCCCGGUGGCCGGGUAGUGUUAAGCAGCGACUAUCGGAAAGGUUUGUAUUCGUUGUUACAAGUGACCGUAGCGUUGAUGGGAAGACUUGCCUUCAGUCUCUUCCCCUCAGACGCGGCACUGGAUGACGCCUUCAACCGUAUCAAGAACUACUGGCCACCCAGUACGCCGCAUGACCAUGGUGUUAAUCUGGAAAAGUGUCGGCAUGUGUGGGUAACGAAUGUAAGCGAGCCGUACACACGGAACUUGAAGCUACGCAAACUAAACGAGGAGAUGAAGGGCUUCGUCAAACUCUCUUGGACUAUCGCACACGACCUCUACGCCCAAGACCGCCGGGGCAAUGCCGGUGACGCUACCAUCGACGGCACCGGAAUACCUGCCGCCAUUCACUGGGACUGCGAACCUACCGACGGACCGGAGGCACUCACCACCGAACAAGCUGUGAAAAUUAAAGAAGACAUAAUUAAGCUGUCACAGAUGCAGGAGCAGAUAAGCGCAUAUGUGCAUCAGUCUAGCGGUGUCUUGGACCGCAUUGAGUGUGGGGCUGGCACGGCUCUGGGUCAGACGGAGCAGUCAGUUGCUGCCUUGGCCACGGCGUCUGCCGGCAAGUCCUUUAAGUGGCCCUUCACUGGAGCGGCCGUGGGAGCCGCGGUUGGCUCUGUGCUUGGCAUCGUUGGCGGUCCGGCAGGGAUAAUGCUCGGAGCGUCGGCUGGUGGGGCCUUGGGAGGCAGUGCUGGAAAGGCCUUGAAGGAUCGCCACCGAGAAAUGAUAAGCGGCAUCCAAAGCACCGUAGCUAUUGGGAGUACGCUCAGGGAUGAUGUUCCCACGGAGGGAGUGCCCAUGGCGGGUGCACCCAUGGGGAGCGCGUCUCCGGGGGGCGUGGCUGUUCAAGUUGGAAGUGUUCAGGACAUGCCGUUUGGAAGCAUUCGGGAUGUGACCGUUGGGGGCAGGCCAGUUCGGGACCUGGAGCAAGGGGGAGCGCCAAGUCCUCGCAAGCCUGAUGCGCAGUGCUCCCCCGUCGUGUGCGGCGGCGCAGAUGGCUCUCCGGCUUGGGGUUUGUCGGGCAUAGGUGGCUCUCCCUGUUUCGAGCACUCCCCGAUUCAACGCCGGCCUCCGCGGGGGGCCGAGUCGCCCAUGCGUGGCGCAGGGUUGGCCGAACUGCGCAUAGGCGGCCUUUCGCCGGCCCGGGAGCCUGAGAAGAAGACUUAUAGAAACGUACUGUUUUCAUGUGGAAGCAUUCCCGUACAAUCUCUAACUCACGCACGGAAUCUUCCGAGGUGA